CAGCCAACAAGCCGCCGCCGCCGCCACAAAACCCGUCGGUGCCCCUUUCUCCUCCACACGCCACCGUCACUCACUCCUUCGCAAAACCCAUUUUUUUUUUUUACUGUAACAUUGCUAAUUUCUCUCUCUACGUCUUCUAUCUUCUUCCCUUGUCAUAUACGAUACUCUCACUUUGCAAGAGAGAGAGAGAGGCGCUUGCUCAGAGGUGGAGAGAGAAAAACAAGCACAAAAAACCAACAAGAGUACAAACUUGUCAUCACCCCUUCUUCUCAUCCCUCUUUUUCUCUCUACAUUUGAUGCGAAUCACCAACAUUCGUGCUCCACGAAGAAAUGUUGAUGUCCUGAUUCUGAAUCUAAAGAAAAGAGAAGGCAUUAUUAGACGUGCAGGAAAGCUGGCGGCCAUACUUUCUUGGAGGGCUGCUGGUUCUAAUGACGGCACCAUUCUCUCCAAUGACUUGGAGAGAAAUGGGGAAGCUAGAUCUCAUGACACUGAGUCUCCAACUCCCCACGCACUCAUGAAACUGAGUUCAAGAGAUAGGAGUAGCAUGGAGGACCCUGAUGGAACAUUAGCAAGUGUUGCACAAUGCAUUGAGCAAUUGCGACAGAGUUCCUCAUCAUCGCAAGACAAAGAGAUUUCUUUGAGGCAAUUACUUGAUCUAAUUGACACACGAGAAAAUGCUUUUGGUGCAGUCGGAUCACAUUCUCAAGCGGUCCCAGUUCUUGUAUCUCUUCUCCGGUCUGGGUCUCUUGGUAUAAAAAUACAGUCUGCUACUGUUUUAGGGUCUCUUUGCAAAGAGAAUGAAUUGCGGGUCAAAGUUUUACUUGGAGGCUGCAUUCCCCCAUUGCUCAGCCUGCUCAAGUCAAACUCUGCAGAUGGUCAAAUUGCAGCAGCAAAGACCAUAUAUGCUGUGUCCCAAGGUGGUGCUAAGGAUCAUGUUGGAUCCAAAAUCUUCUCAACCGAAGGAGUUGUGCCUGCACUGUGGGAACAAUUAAAGAAAGGACUAAAGGCUGGAAGCACGGUGGAUGACUUACUUACAGGAGCUUUGCGGAAUCUUUCUAGCAGCACCGAAGGAUUCUGGCGAGCUACAAUUCAAGCUGGAGGAGUUGAUAUUCUGGUCAAAUUACUUACAACAGGGCAAUCAGGGACUCAAGCAAAUGUAUGUUUUCUAUUGGCCUGCAUGAUGAUGGAGGAUGCAUCAAUAUGUUCAAAAAUCUUAGCUGCUGAGGCCACAAAACUACUUCUUAAGCUGCUCGGAUCUGAAAAUGAAGCUCCUGUAAGAGCUGAAGCUGCAUCUGCUCUUAAAUCACUUUCUGCUCAGUGCAAGGAAGCUAGGCGGGAUAUUGCCAACGCCAGUGGUAUCCCUGUACUUAUAAAUGCUACAAUAGCUCCUUCUAAAGAAUUCAUGCAGGGUGAGUUUGCUCAAGCCUUGCAAGAAAAUGCGAUGUGUGCUCUUGCUAAUAUAUCUGGAGGCUUGUCAUACGUCAUCUCGAGCCUUGGUCAAAGCCUUGAGUCGUGCACCUCCCCUGCACAAGUAGCUGAUACACUGGGAGCAUUAGCUUCAGCGCUGAUGAUAUAUGAUAGCAAAGCCGAAAAUGCUCGGGCAUCAGAUCCCGUGGAGGUGGAGAAGACAUUAGUAAAGCAAUUCAAACCACGAUCCUCUUUUCUGGUCCAGGAGCGUACAAUAGAAGCACUUGCUAGUUUGUAUGGAAAUGGUAUACUAGCAAGCAAACUUGCCGAUUCUGAUGCAAAGAGACUGCUUGUUGGUUUAAUUACUAUGGCGACAAUGGAAGUUCAGGAGGAGUUGAUAAAGUCCCUUCUUGUUCUCUGCAGAGAUGAAGGUACUCUGUGGCAGGCCCUUCAAGGCCGAGAGGGUAUUCAACUCCUGAUAUCUCUUCUUGGUCUUUCAUCAGAGCAGCAGCAGGAAUGUGCUGUUGCAUUGCUUUGUCUUCUGUCCAAUGAAAAUGAUGAGAGUAAAUGGGCCAUAACUGCUGCUGGCGGUAUUCCUCCGCUUGUUCAGAUUCUGGAGACGGGCUCUGCUAAAGCUAAAGAAGACUCUGCCACCAUCCUCGGAAACCUUUGUAAUCACAGCGAAGAUAUACGUGCGUGUGUCGAAAGUGCUGAUGCUGUGCCGGCUUUACUUUGGCUGCUAAAGAAUGGAAGCCCAAACGGGAAGGAGAUUGCUGCUAAGACUUUAAACCAUUUGAUUCACAAGUCGGAUACAGCAACAAUCAGCCAGCUCACUGCAUUACUGGUCAGUGAUUUGCCCGAAUCCAAAGUUUAUGUCCUGGAUGCAUUGAAAAGUUUGCUCUGCGUAGCACCUCUGAGUGAUCUAGUGCGCGAAGGUACUGCAGCAAAUGAUGCGAUUGAGACAAUGAUUAAAAUAUUAAGUUCCACCAAGGAAGAGACUCAAGCGAAAUCCGCACGAGCUCUUGCUGGGAUCUUUGAUCUCAGGAAGGACUUGCGUGAAUCUAACAUUGCUGUUAAGACCCUCUGGUCAGUCAUGAAACUUUUGAAUUUUGAUUCCGAGAAUAUCUUAGUGGAAGCUUCUCGGUGCCUUGCUUCUAUAUUUCUCUCAGUUAAGGAUAACCGUGAUAUAGCUUCCGUUGCUCGAGAUGCUCUCCCUUUGCUUGUAGCACUUGCAAACUCCUCUGUGUUACAGGUGGCAGAGCAAGCUGUUUGUGCUCUGGCAAAUCUCCUUUUAGACUAUGAAGCCUCAGAAAAUGCAAUUUCAGAAGACAUUAUUGUACCAGCCACACGAGUUCUGCGUGAAGGAUCACAUGUUGGAAAAACACAUGGAGCAGCAGCAAUUGCUCGGCUUCUCCAUUAUCGUCAGAUUGAUUCAGCUUUGACAGAAUGUGUUAACCGUAACGGAACAGUACUUGCUAUAGUUUCUCUCCUUGAAGCUGCUGAAACUGGAUCUGUUGCUAUUUCAGAGGCAUUAGAUGCACUUGCUUCUCUCUCGAAGUCUGUAGAAGAUAUCGGGCAGAUAAAAUCUGCUUGGAGUGCUCUUGCAGAAAGCCCAAGUAGCAUUACUCCUAUAGUUUCAACUAUUUCUGAUGCCUCCCCAGCAUUGCAGGAUAGGGCUAUAGAAAUAUUAUCGCGGCUCACCCUAGCUCAGCCCAUAACUCUUGGGAGCACAAUUGCCUGUGCCAGUGGAUGCGUUUCAUCAAUAGCAAGAAGGGUUAUCAGUUCUGCCAAUGCAAUGGUUAAAAUUGGAGGAGCUGCGCUACUUGUCUGCACAUCAAAAGUCAAUCAUCAAAGCGUAGUUGAAGAUUUAAACGUGUCUAAUUUAUGUGGUUCACUCAUCCAUUCUCUUGUUGGAAUGUUCACUUAUAAGGAGGAUUCUCAAGUUUCUAAUCUGGAAAACAAGGACAUAAUAAGCAUCUCCAGAGUAUUUGAUGAGGACAAUAUAAAACAUGACUUGGAGCGAAGUACAUCAGUCAUUAGUGAUGCCAAUAUAGCUAUCUGGCUUCUUUCUACCCUUUCUUGUCGUGAUGACAAAUAUAAACACGAUAUCAUGGAGGCUGGUGCAGUUGAAGUUCUUACUGACAGAAUUUCUGAAUCCUUUUCACAAUACACUCAGGCUGAAUAUAAAGAGGAUGGCAGUAUAUGGAUCAGUGGCUUAUUGUUAGCAAUCUUAUUUCAAGACAGAGAUGUCAUACGCUCAAAUGCAACAAUGAGAGCAAUUUCCGUGCUCACCAGUUUGUUGCGGUCAGAGGAAGGAGCGAACAGAUAUUUUGCGGCCCAAGCCGUGGCUAGUCUUGUAUGUAAUGGUAGCAGGGGCACCCUCCUCUCUGUUGCGAAUUCAGGCGUGGCAACAGGACUCAUCUCCAUGCUCGGCUGUGGUGAUGAUGACAUGAUUGACCUUUUGGAACUGGCUGAGGAGUUUUCAUUGGUCCGUUAUCCGGACCAAGUCGCACUCGAGCGACUAUUCAGGGUCGACGACAUCAGACUUGGCGCAGCUUCUAGGAAAGCUAUACCAGCCCUCGUUGAUUUGCUCAAACCUAUCCCUGACAGGCCUGGGGCUCCAUUUCUCGCUCUUGGACUUCUAACCCAACUCGCCACCGAUUGCCCUUCCAAUCAAAUUGUCAUGGUCGAGUCGGGGGCUUUGGAAGGUGUGACAAAGUACCUCUCUCUUGGGCCGCAGGAUGCGUAUGAAGAAGCCGCCACUGAUUUACUCGGCAUUAUGUUUAGCACGGCCGAAAUAAGGAGACACGAGGCUGCAUUCGGUGCUGUCAGUCAGCUUGUUGCUGUUUUGCGCUUGGGCGGAAGGGCCGCGAGGUACAGUGCUGCGAAAGCUUUGGAGAAUUUGUUCUCCGCUGAUCACGUGAGGAACGCUGACUCAGCCAGGCAAGCCGUUCAGCCUCUGGUCGAGAUCCUAAACACUGGUCUGGAGAAGGAGCAGCAUGCCGCCAUUGCUGCUCUUGUCAGGCUUCUCAACGAGAACCCAUCGAGGGCCUUAGCAGUCGCCGAUGUCGAAAUGAAUGCCGUUGAUGUCCUCUGUCGAAUCCUCUCUUCGAAUUAUUCCAUGGAGCUCAAAGGGGACGCUGCUGAGCUGUGCUGCGUCCUUUUCAGCAACACGCGGAUAAGAUCCACUCUGGCGGCUGCUCGCUGUGUCGAGCCUCUUGUCUCUUUACUCGUCUCUGAAUAUAGCCCGGCCCACCACUCUGUGGUCCGGGCGCUUGACAAGCUUCUGGAUGACGAACAGCUGGCAGAGCUCAUUGCUGCCCACGGUGCAGUUAUCCCGCUUGUCAGCCUUCUCUAUGGCCGCAACUACUUGCUCCACGAGGCCGUCUCGAGGGCACUGGUGAAGCUUGGUAAGGACAGGCCUGCAUGCAAGAUGGAGAUGGUGAAAGCAGGGGCCAUUGACAGCGUGCUCGACAUCCUUCACGAGGCGCCCGAUUUCCUCUGUGCUGCAUUCGCCGAGCUUCUCAGGAUACUGACGAAUAAUGCGACCAUCGCUAAGGGCUCAUCGGCCGCCAAAGUAGUCGAGCCCCUCUUCCAGCUGCUGGCGAGGCCGGAUUUCGUGCCCGACGGGCAGCACAGCACCUUGCAAGUCCUUGUUAACAUUUUAGAGCACCCACAGUGCCGUGCGGACUACACCCUCACUUCCCACCAGGCCAUCGAGCCCCUCCUCCCUCUGCUCGACUCGCCUGCUUCGGCAGUCCAGCAGCUGGCGGCCGAGCUCCUGUCCCACCUCCUCCUGGAAGAGAAUCUCCAGCGGGACCCGCUGACUCAGCAGGUGAUUGGCCCGUUGGUUCGGAUUCUCGGCUCCGGGAUUCCCAUCCUGCAACAGCGGGCCGUGAGGGCGCUCGUCAACGUAGCCGUGAUAUGGCCGAACGAGAUUGCGAAAGAGGGCGGUGUGAGCCAGCUGUCGAACGUCAUACUCCAGGCCGACCCGUUGCUGCCGCAUGCAUUAUGGGAGUCGGCCGCCUGCGUUCUCUCCAGUAUUCUACAGUUCAGUUCCGAGUUUUACUUGGAAGUUCCUGUGGCUGUAUUGGUCAGGCUGCUUCGCUCGGGAUCUGAAGGCACCGUCAUAGGAGCACUAAACGCGCUCCUCGUGCUUGAAAGCGACGACUCGACCAGUGCGGAGGCCAUGGCUGAGAGCGGGGCAAUCGAGGCCCUUCUGGACCUUCUACGGGCCCACCAGUCUGAGGAGACAGCCGCCAGGCUGCUGGAGGUGCUGCUGAACAACGUGAAGAUUCGGGAGUCGAAGGUGACAAAAUCGGCGAUUUUGCCACUGUCCCAAUACCUGCUGGAUCCCCAGACGCAGGGCCAGCAGGCGAGGCUGCUGGCCACCCUCGCGCUAGGUGACCUGUUCCAGAAUGAGGUGCUCGCACGGACUGCAGAUGCAGUCUCGGCUUGCCGGGCACUGGUGAACCUGCUCGAGGAUCAGCCCACGGAGGAGAUGAAGGUCGUGGCCAUUUGCGCGCUGCAGAAUCUCGUGAUGUACAGCAGAUCGAACAAGAGGGCGGUGGCGGAGGCUGGUGGCGUGCAGGUUGUGCUUGAUUUGAUUGGGUCUAGUGAUCCGGAAACUUCACUGCAGGCGGCUAUGUUUAUUAAGCUUCUUUUCUCGAACGCCACCAUUCAGGAAUAUGCUUCGAGUGAGACCGUGAGAGCUAUAACAGGUCGAUAUUCUCAUCUGAUGCUGGUUAUUCUUGGUCCUGAUGAGAAAUAUGCUCCUGCAAUCGAGAAAGACUUAUGGGCUUCCGGCUCCGUAAGUGAAGAGUAUCUAAAGGCUCUAAAUGCAUUAUUCGGCAACUUUCCCCGUCUUAGGGCCACUGAGCCCGCAACUCUAAGUAUUCCUCAUUUAGUCAGCUCUCUCAAGACUGGAUCAGAGGCCACUCAAGAAGCUGCCCUGGAUGCACUAUUCCUUCUCAGGCAGGCUUGGUCCGCAUGUCCAGCUGAAGUUUCUCGGGCCCAAUCCAUUGCUGCUGCUGAUGCAAUACCUCUUCUACAGUACUUGAUCCAAUCAGGCCCACCACGUUUUCAGGAGAAAGCCGAGUUUUUAUUGCAGUGUCUUCCAGGGACACUCGUGGUGAUUAUAAAGCGAGGUAACAAUAUGAAGCAAUCUGUGGGGAAUCCGAGUGUGUACUGCAAGCUGACUCUUGGAAAUACCACUCCUUGUCAAACCAAGGUUGUUUCAACGGGUCCUAAUCCUGAGUGGGAUGAGAGUUUCUCUUGGUCCUUUGAAAGUCCUCCGAAAGGCCAGAAGCUUCACAUUUCAUGCAAAAACAAGAGCAAGAUGGGGAAGAGCUCGUUUGGGAAAGUGACUAUCCAAAUCGACCGCGUGGUGAUGUUAGGUGCUGUUGCUGGUGAGUACACGCUAUUGCCGGAAAGCAAAAGUGGUCCCUCCAGGAAUUUGGAAAUAGAAUUCCAGUGGUCUAACAAGUAGCAGCCAUGCUAUAGGCAUGAGAGACCCUUUUGAAUUUGAGAGUGAAGCAAAAAGGGCAAAGCUGUAGACAUGGUUUUUUGUUGUUCUGUGUUUUCUGGAAAUGACAUGGAGUUAUUGUAAGUAGUGUCUUUGUAAUGAUGUUUGUAUGUUUAUGAAAAAAAAUUGGAGAUGGAUAAUGAGUUGAAAGACUUUACAAAUAGCAAAUAUAUAUUUUUAUUGUUUAUUUUUUCAAUUUACUUGUUGCUGCUGCUGCAUUUCUGCACCAUAAUUAGCAGCAGUAUUUUUUAACUUAUAUAUUUUUUAGCAUCAAACAUAAUAUUUUGG